AUGGCUUCGCAGACGGAGGCUGUGACCACCGCUCAUGAACACUCCAGUCCUUCUGUCAACGGAUUCUCCGAGAACAAAGCGGAGGCCACGACAGCGCCCACGCCCAAGAAACGACCUAGCAAGUACCGCCAUGUCGCAGCUUACCAUGCGCAGCUGCGGCAGUCGAGUCUCAGUCGAGAUUCUGAGACUACACCCAGCUUCCUCGGGUUUAGAAACCUGAUGGUACUGGUGCUCGUGGCCAUGAAUCUUCGAUUGAUCAUUGAGAAUUUCAUGAAAUAUGGCGUCUUGAUCUGCAUCAAGUGCCACGACUAUCGCAAGCAGGACAUCAUCCUCGGCUCCGUCCUGUUUGCUCUUGUCCCAUGCCACCUCUUUCUGGCAUAUGCCAUCGAGCUCUCUGCAGCGGGUGCUGCGAAGCAGACAGUCGGUCGGCAGAAAAAGACAGUCGAAGAAAAGGAGCGUGACCAGCAGGCCUUUCGAUCCACCUGGCGCUACACGGCCCUGCUUCACAGCUUGAACGCCUCUAUUUGCCUUGCUCUUACGAGCUUCGUAGUGUACUUUUAUAUCCACCACCCGGGAAUUGGCACCCUCUGCCAGCUGCACGCGAUCAUUGUGUGGUUGAAGAACUGCUCCUACGCAUUCACGAACCGCGAUCUGCGUCUCGCCUACCUCAAUCCCUCCGCAGACCCCGGCCUGCCCGAGAUCUACUCGACCUGUCCAUACCCCAGAAACGUGACCCUCAAGAACCUGGCAUAUUUCUGGAUGGCACCGACGCUAGUUUACCAGCCCGUCUACCCACGGACCGCCUCAAUCCGCUGGUCUUUUGUCGCGAAGCGGCUGGCGGAGUUUGUCGGCCUUUCGGUUUUCAUCUGGCUUCUCUCGGCACAGUACGCGGCGCCCGUUCUCCGCAACUCGAUCGACAAGAUUGCGGUCAUGGACAUUGCAUCCAUCCUGGAGCGUGUCAUGAAGCUCUCCACCAUCUCGCUCAUCAUCUGGCUCGCCGGGUUCUUCGCGCUCUUCCAGGCCCUGCUCAACGCCCUGGCUGAAGUGAUGCAGUUUGGAGACCGUGAGUUCUACACCGACUGGUGGAACAGCUCUAGUCUGGGUGGGUACUGGCGGUCGUGGAACCGCCCAGUGUAUCUGUUCAUGAAGCGGCAUGUGUACUCGCCGCUUGUCGGCCGCGGCUGGAGUCCUCUGGCAGCGAGUGGGAUGGUCUUCGCACUGUCUGCUAUUCUACAUGAAAUGCUGGUGGGCCUUCCCACCCAUAAUUUUAUCGGCGUUGCUUUCUUCGGCAUGAUGUUCCAACUGCCGCUCAUUGCCCUCACGGCGCCCUUGGAGAAGAUGAGCGGCCCGCAGGGUAAGACUAUCGGAAAUUGCAUCUUCUGGGUUAGCUUCUGCUUGGUCGGCCAGCCACUCGGGGCGCUACUAUACUUUUUUGCCUGGCAGGCCAAGUACGGCAGUGUUAGUCGAAUGGGCGUUUAA